GCAGAGUCACAUGCAGUUGUUACGCCAAAUCACAGAGCACAUUGUAUUAGGUCAGGGGUCCUCAAACCUUUUAAACAGGGGACCAGUUCACUGUCCCUCAGACCAUUGGAGGGCUGGACUAUAGUUUUAAAAAAAAAAACUAUGAACAAAUGCGGACACAGUACAGGAGAUGACCAGAGACUGCGGACACAGUACAGGAGAUGACCAGAGACUGCGAACAUAGUACAUGAGAUGACCAGAGACUGCGAACAGGAGAUGACCAGAGACUGCGGACACAGUACAGG